AUGAAGGCUAGCAUCUUCGCUCUAUCAGCAUUUUCGCUGAUUCAGCUUGUGGCUAGUCAGCCUCAUGGUCAUCAGCAAUUUCACAGGCGUGGUGUUGUGGUUACUGACUAUGCCACGGUCACCUCACCCGAAGUAAUUGUUUGGGUCUAUGAAGAUGGCCAGACCGCCAGUAUUGAAACCCGAACACCUCGUAAUCCAGCAGCAACUCCAGCUCCACAAAAAAUAGUGCCAGAAUUGUCAGCAGGACCUACACCAACCUUGCAGUCGGCCGUUUCUGACUCUGCUGUCCCUUCUGAAGCUACUCCACCGUCUCCAGUCCAACCAUCCGCUGAAUCAUCCCCAACCGGCGAGUCAGCGCCUUCUCCACCUACCACCGAAGCUCCGCCUGAGCCAACGAACACCGAAGCGCCAGCUCCAUCCUCGGAAGCUACACCUGCACCUGCACCAUCUCCCGAGGCAGAAUCUCCACCAGCUCCUGAACCAGCUCCAUCUACAGAAGCGGCACCAGCACCUGCGCCAGCUCAAUCCUCCGAAGCAGCACCCCCGCCCACCGAACCCUCCAGCACCGGCCUAGGAAUCUGCUACUCCCCCUACAAUGCCGACGGAACUUGCAAGACCCAGGACCAAGUAAACGAAGACUUCAACUCCCUUACGUCCUACAGCACCGUCCGCAUCUACGGCGUCGACUGCAAUCAAAUUAGCACCGUCAUCUCCGCCGCCUCUUCCAAAAACAUUAAAAUCUUCGCUGGGCUCCUCACCAUCGCCGACGUAGCGGGCGACCUGGGCAACAUGAUCAACCAGCUCAACGGCAAUUUCGACGGCACAAUCACCACUAUCUCCAUUGGCAACGAGCUAGUCGACAUGGGAAAAGCCAGCCCGGGCGAUGUAGUGGCCGCUUUAGGGACGGCGAGAGAUAUUCUCGGAAAGGCCGGAUACACAGGCUCGAUUGUCACGGUCGAUACCUUCAACGCCCUGAUCGCGCAUCCGGAACUUUGUGCGGCAUCAGACUACUGCGCCGCGAACGCGCAUUCGUAUUUUGAUCCUACGAUUGAAGCUGCAGGUGCGGGCGAAUGGGUCCAGAAGCAGAUCGACCGCAUCGCUGAAGCUGCAGGUGGUAAUAAGAAGGUUGUCAUCACGGAGUCCGGAUGGCCUCACAGUGGGAAUAGCAAUGGUGCUGCGGUUCCGAGCCCAGAGAACCAGGCUAAAGCUGUUGAGAGUAUUAGGGGCGCCUUCGAGAAGGAUGUCUUUUUGUUUUCAGCGUUUGAUGACAAGUGGAAAGCGGAUGGGGCGUGGGGAGUUGAGAAGAACUGGGGGAUCAUGUAA